AUGGCUACCACUCCCUCUUCUCUACGCUUGGAUCCGGAUCUCUUUGAUCCUAGCUGGGUUGCUUUACCUAACGAUAAGGGUGCCACUGGCGGGCUGUCGUUUGCUUCAACCCAGAUACGCAAUAACUGGAUCGUCAGACUUGAUUUCAGGCAAAAUUCGGCACCGAAGGGGGAGAAGAGCCACGGAACUGGAUUUUAUGUCAAUAUCCCGGAUACCAAAGCCCACGUUAUCCUCACUGCUGCGCAUAACCUCGUUGAUAACCAAAAGAAGCCGUCCCAGGAUUUGCAGUUUUACGACCCCUUACAAGGCGCCAUUAUCAAACCCGGAGAUCUUGAAAUCUUCAUACCCCCUUCAUACUUGUCAAGGCCACGGACCGAAACUGACUUUGGAGCAAUCCGUGUACCGACUAGCACGUCUGUACCCCGUGGGUUUGGGUUUGCUUUGAAACUUGCUGAAGAAAGCCUGCGUGAUAAAACUCUACAAAUCUGCGGAUUUCCCUCGGACUGCCCUCGACCUGAACCAUCUACCAGCUCUGGGGACUGCAAGCGCUGGAAUAGGAAUCGCUUAGAAUACCAGAUAGCCACGGCAAAGGGGUUGAGUGGGGCACCGGUAUUUAUGCCAUUCAAGGGUCAUGACACGGUUAUUGGUAUUCACACAAACGGGAGUGAUCUUCAUCGUGGAAAUAGCAAAGGGUGCCGGCUUAGCGAGACAGUCCUGGAGCAAAUCUUCCACUGGCUGGGAGUAAGCCACGAAGAGAAGACUCUCAGAGUCUUUCCUUCCAAAGAUGCACCUCCUGAAGGUCUAUAUCUUCGCUUUCCUCCAUUCGAGGAACAUGGCUGGGUACGCCUGGGAGAGAAGGGCCUUGAAACCACUUUUGAUAUCUUCCCAGCCUACGCACCCACAUCAAACCUGACCGGCAAACCCACUUAUGUAUUUCGGUUCCGACAUCCGCGCGGAUGGCCUCAAUCCAGAGAGAAGCAGCGGUGGGUCCUCUGGGACUACGUGAGGCAAGUAGUGACGCUGACUGAUAAGUUAGAAGACUGCUGUUUCCCCUAUCUUGUCCGGAUCGAGCCAAAAAAGAAUUCAAAGAAGAAACCAACAAACAGUUCCGAGACGUUUCGUAUUGUGCUAGAGCGCAAGGAUCCAGGGAACCCUGCUGAUAUAGGUCAGCUUGUUGAGUUUCGCAUGGCGAAUUUUCUACUUAAAGAGGAAGAUAUCGAGAUGGAAGAGAUGGAUACACCAGAGGUGGGGUUUAUGAAGCAUUAUAUCAAUAAACCUGCUAAGGUAUGUUUUAAGGCAGCUGUUUAG